AUGGCGUCUUCCAAGUCAAAUGAGAGCUCAUUCGACCCAUCUCAUGACUUGAAGGGCGAGACUGUUCCGGUUACUCUCGCAGUCGACGAGGGUCUUAGUUCUGGCAGCAGUUCCAUUACCGAGGACAAGACCUUCCUUCGUGUCCAUGGCGAGGAAAACUACGUGCCUAUCGACAAGUGGGAGGGUCGGCAUCGCUUCGAUCCCUCGUUCCAAUGGGAACCUGCCGAGGAGAAGAGGAUCGUGCGCAAGAUCGAUCUCAAGAUCUGCUCAUGGGUCUGCUUAGCGUUCUUCGCGUUGCAGCUCGAUAGAGCAAACAUCGUCCAGGCCUUGACAGACAACAUGCUGGAUGAUCUCCACCUGACGACCAACGACUACAACUAUGGACAGACUAUUUUCUACCUGUGCUUUCUAUCGGCGGAGCUGCCUUCCCAGCUAAUAUCCAAGAAGCUGGGGCCGGACCGUUGGAUCCCGAUCCAAAUGAUCUGUUGGAGCCUUAUUGCGAGCUUUCAAGCCUUUAUGAAGGGAAAGUCGUCGUUCUACACCUAUACCAUUCUUUAUCUGUCCUAUUACUACAAGGGGAGAGAGCUGCCUGCACGGCUGGCCUGGUUCUGGACGUCAUAUCAAGCUACAUCGAUCGUUGGUGCGUUUCUGGCUGCUGCCAUCCUCAACAUGCGCGGCAUAAAUGGCCUCGCAGGGUGGGCGUGGCUAUUCGCUCUCGAGGGAACCCUCACAGGGCUUAUCGGCAUCGCCACCUACUUCUACCUGCCCCCUUCGCCAUAUCAGACAGCCUCAUGGUUCCGCGGAAGAAAGGGCUGGUUCAACGAGCGAGAGGAAAAGAUUAUCGCGAACCGCAUCCUACGUGAUGACCCCAGCAAAGCCGACAUGCACAACCGACAAGCCGUGACGCCGAAACUGCUCUUUUACGCCCUCUGCGACUGGGAAAUGUGGCCCAUCUACGCCAUCGGGCUGUCGUUCUUGAUCCCCAACUACCCCGUCACGCAGUAUCUGUCGUUGAUCUUGAAGCAAUCCUUUGGCCGGUUCGAGGUCAACAUGCUCACCAUCCCGUCAUACGUGCUCUUCAUCAUCAACCUCCUCGCUUUCACCUGGUUGUCGGAGAAGACAAACCAGCGAUUCCUUGUCGCGCUACUCAGCCAGGUCUGGUGUAUGCCGUUACUCAUCGCAUCGGAGCUCCUCCCCGCGGAAGCGUCCAGAUGGGUGAAAUACACGCUGGCCACGCUGCUCGUGGGCGCGCCCUACGUGCACGCCAUCCACGUGGCCAUCACCAGCCGCAACGCCGGUUCUGUCCGUACGAGAACCGUGGCUUCGGCGCUGUACAACAUGUUUGUGCAAGCAAGCAACAUCAUCGGGUCCAAUAUUUUCAGAACGGACGACGCACCCCAGUACAGGCGUGGAUACAAGGUCCUCAUCGCCAUCUGCGCGUACAAUUUCGCCCUGUUCAUACUUGCCAAAUGGUUCUAUAUCUGGAGAAACCAAGUGCGGGAUCGGAAGUGGAACUCCAUGACAGCGGAUGAGCAGCGCCAUUACCUCGCGACAACGACGGACAAGGGGAAUAAGAUGCUCACAUUCAGGUUUGCACAUUGA